AUGGCCAAGCAGAUUAUCAAGUUGAGGGGAGAUAUCGAUAAGUUUACUAAAGCACCUCCUGCUUUGGCCAAAAUUAAUGCUAACUGCUAUAUGGGAUCGCCGUUUGUUGACAGUCUAUACCAAAUGGAUCUACCGCACAGGUUCAGUGUGUCGAGUAUGAAGUUAUACAAUGGGACUGACGACCCAGAGGAUCAUGUGGCCCACUACAAAUUAAAGAUGGGUGCGAUUGCCAUACCGUACGGGAUGCAUGAGACGUGUAUGUGCAAAGGAUUCGGAUCAACUCUUACCGGUCCUGCUCUGCGUUGGUACAUUAACUUACCCAACGGCAGUAUUGCUUCCUUCGAGAAGCUAAUCGAGAUGUUUAUGCGAGUGGGAGAGUCUCUCCUUGAUUUUCUUUCCAGAAUAAACACGGAGAAGGUGUCUAUACCUUAUUGUGAUCCAGGGACUGCCAUUCAAGCACUUCUAAGUUGUUUACUCCCAGAUGGGGAGUUUUAUGAAGAACUCACGAAGUGUGACGUCAUGAGCUAUGAAGAAGCUCUGAUUAAAGCCACUGUGUUUGUUCGAUGGGAGGAGGAUGCGAGGAGAAAACCAUCUAAUCUUCCUAAGGAAGUGAAGCGUGAAGAUAAACGUCCUAAGAAAGAGCAAUCCACCAUUGGCGAGCCCAGUAAUAAUUGGCGCUCCCGCAACUCUGGAGCAUCUGAUUAUGCGAAAAACUGUCCAGAGUAUCCCCUUCGGAUACACCAAGUCGAGGCUGUGCAAGUCUUGAAGAAGAUGGGUAAUGACGUGAAGUGGCCGCCCAAGAAGGAAACUAACGGGUGGAAAGACCCUAAGAAGUGGUGUGAUCUUCACCAGGAUAUUGGCCACACAACUCCUGACUGUAGAGGCCUUAGGUAUGAGGAGGAUUACCUGCUGAAGAAAGGUAAUCUCAGAGAGUUAUUAUCUGAACGUGGUAGGGCCAUUUGGGAAAAGAGGAAAGUCGAUAACCCAGAGGCAUUACCGCCACCACCAAUUACUCAAACUUAUUGUGUAAUCUCUGGAGGGUCAGAGAUUAGUGGGCUGUCUCAUACCUCCGCUAGGAAUCAUGAGAAAGAAGCAGCAAACCCAGCUCCUAAAAUGGCACGGUCUGUAGGGACUUUCACUAACCAAGUGAUGGUCUUUGCUGAUGACGAAGCUACCCAACUUCUAUAUCCACACCAUGAUGCUUUGGUGCUGACACUUCAGGUUGCAAAUAUUAAUCUGAAGCGAAUCUUGAUUGACAACGGGAGUUUAGCCAACGUAUUAUUCUUGGAUGCAUACAAAGGGAUGGGAUUGAACAAGCAGACUCGGUUUUCCAUUAUCGAUUCACCUUCUACUUAUAAUGCCAUCCUGGGACGCCCUUGGUUGCACGCCAUAAGGCAGCUACAGAACCAGGCACCUGGUCUGGAACCAGAUGAGCCAGGCAUGGAGAAGCUUGAUGAGGUACAGAUCCAUCCUGACUUUCCAGAUCAUAAAGUCCUGAUUGGAGCGCAACUGCCCAUUCAUCUGUGA